ACAAGGCCGGACGCGGCUGGACGAAUCGGGCCGAGGCGGGAUGGGGUGGGCGCUGCUGGGCUGUGCGCUGCUGCUGGCGCUGUACGCGCUGCUCCGGCACGGGCUGCGCCGCCCCCCGCCGCCCCGGGACCGCAACGGGAUCCGCGGCCGCACCGCCAUCGUCACCGGGGGCAGCGCGGGGCUCGGGGCGGCAGCGGCGCGGGAGCUCGCGCGGAGCGGGGCGCGAGUGGUGCUGACGGCCCGGAGCGCGGCCAGGGGGGAGGCGGCGGCCAGGAGCAUCCGAGCGGAGACCGGGAAUGCCGAGGUGCGGUUCAUGCAGCUGGACCUGGCCAGUCUGCGCUCGGUGCGAGCCUUUGCCAGUGCCUUCCUACGCCAGGAGCCCUACCUGCACCUCCUCAUCAACAACGCCGGGGUGAGCGCCGGGGGCAUCACGGAGGAUGGCUUCAGCCUCCCCUUCCAGGUGAACCACCUGGGCCAUUUCCUGCUCACCCAGCUGCUGCUGGAGCGGCUGCAGAGCUGCGCACCCAGCCGCAUCGUCAUCGUCGCCUCCAGCGCCCACUGCGCCGGCCGACUGCGCCUUGACGCCCUGGGCCAGCCGCCCCCAGGGCCCUUCUCCACUUUCCAGGACUACUGCGACAGCAAACUGGCUAACGUGCUGCACGCCCGGCAGCUGGCCACGCGGCUGCAGGGCACCCAGGUGACGUGCUACGCCGUGCACCCAGGGUUCGUCAACACGGAGCUGUUCCGCUAUGCGCUGCUCUGGCUGAAGCCGCUCUUCCUGCCGCUGGCCUGGCUCUUCUUCCUCGACGCCUCCGAGGGUGCCCUCACCACGCUGCACUGCGCCACACAGCCGGGCCUCGAGUGCUUCAGUGGACGCUACUUCUCCGACUGCUGCCCGCAGGAGCCAUCGCCGCCGGCUCGCGAUGACCGGCUGGCCCACGCGCUCUGGGAGGCCAGCGAGCGGCUGGUGGGGCUGCGGGGCGGCGGGGGGAGCCCCUCGCCAGGCCCCUCGGAUGCCAGACAAUAAAAGCGAUGGUGGUGAACGGGAGGAGCACGCCAGCUCCCGCGCCGCAGGCAGGAUGGGGCUCUUAGAGGAGGCAGAGUGGGGCUGGUGUGGGCCUCGGUGGCCCCUACAGCAAAAUCCCUAUGGCACAACCUCUAUGGCACAGUCCCUGCGCCGCAGCCUUUAUGGCACAACCUCUAU